CUCGUCAACACAGUACGACCGAGACGUCAUUCAGCCAAGUUCAAAAUAAUCCGCCGAGCGAUACGGUGUUAUUUUUUGUUGCGCUCGUGUGUAAUCAAUAAAAUCGUUCACAGAUAAUAAUCAACCACUGAAUAUGAGUGCAAAGAAGGAACCCGAAACUAUCGGUUUUUGGCUGCCGAAUCAAAGCGCCACGAAAAUGGAUGUUCUCACCCCGCACAAACUGGCCGUUGUGUUUCUCAUUCAGGAAUACCUUUCCCUUAAAAAAGCUGCGGAUGAAAACCCCCAAAUACAGUUUACGGUGCGGGAUCGGCGCAAAUUUUGUAUGCUUCUGCUGAAGUUGAUACAGUAUCCGGAUAUGGCUUUCAAAGAUCUGUAUGGAUUGCUAACGUCCCCGGUGUACGGAAUUCACCAGACCCAUAUGGAUGAAUUCGAGCGGCUGAUGAAAAUGUUGAAAACGGUGGGCAUUGAGGUCCUCUUCGAUCUAUACAGCAUUAUCGAUAAACUAAUAACCGAGAAUGCUAGCAGUUAUCAGAUAGGGAUUGUGGGCCUCUAUUUCCGUCGCGUGUACGUCACGUUGGAUAAGAUGAAUUUUCCCGAGUUCAUGGCACUGUAUCGAAAUUCGGUGGCGUAUUAUGAGAAAGGUAUGAGAACUGUGCUAAUAUCAAGCAGCGCUUCGUCAAAUAACGAAAGUCUGAUGAGCCUCGAAGCCCAGGGUGCUUACAAAGAUAAGAGCUCAACAUGUAAAUGGUCCACAAAGCAAUCGGAACUGUUUGUUGCCCAGCAAAGUGCGUUGUUGCAAAACAACGAAGUUGAUGCCUUGAACCCGAAGGAUAUGCAAACAAGAUUGAAUGAAAUUGUUCACGAUCAUCCACUGUAUUCGCAGGCAUAUUUUCUGAGUUAUUUAAACAGCGUCAGAUCUCGGGAUUUUUUCAACGCCGUUGACGCACUUCAUCGAUCUUUUGAUCGAAGCACCCUCAAUGCUAUGUCCCUCACACAGGAUAACAAAGAUUAUCAAUAUUCCGCGUUGAAUCUGGCUAUAUUGCACGCACUAUUCAAUCACAAUGGAGAAGCGUUAGCCAGUAUCAAAGAGUGCAUUAUGCUUGCCCAGGAGAACAGUGACAAAAUAUGUUUGCAGCUUGCUCAUUCUUGGCUCUGUAUAUUGGAUGCCAGUAAACCCCAAUUCACAGAGAAAAACAUUGCCAACAAAGAACUGAUCACAUUGGUUCACUCUAUUUCGCUCGGGAUUCAAGCGUUGGUGAAAUCGUCGGCAUCCACAGGGUACACACCUGCCAAGUUGUUCGAAGUGCUGCUUAAAAGCGACAUUCUGAACUGUCAAACCUCAAUGAUAGACCUCAUUGCGAACGCUAUCUCCGAGAGGGCUGCUCUGUGGGCAAUGUACGGCAAAAACGAAGUAUCGUCAUUAUGUUCGCAGCUUUUGUUGAAUUCAGACCUCAAAUCUCUAGGCAAAACAUACAACGGCGAAGGAAUUUGUCAAGCGUUAUGUUCGCUGACUAUAUGGUUAGCUAUUCAGGGUGAAUUCAACUUAUCGUUAACGGUGUUAAAACACACAAAAGAACGUUUCCCCCGAUAUCCGCUGUCGAAAUCAUGGAUGAUCGCAGAUCAUUACAUCAGCUCGAUGCAGGCAAUAUUCAGAAGAGAAUGGACGGAGGCCAGUAGUGCCUGUUACCAGCUCUACACAUUAGACAAACACCUGUCGUUAUUGCAACGAGCCCGACUUGCUCUCGCGCGUCUCAAUCUCAAAUCGGCAGACCAACUUCUUUGCCAGUUGCUGGAUGAUGAAACGAUCGAACCAUUAACUCGGGUCAAAGCUCUUCUUCUGAAGGCUCAUUUACAAACAAUAUCACCGGAGAUGACCAGGAUGGAAGUUGUUAAUGUUCUCAAUGAAGCACUCGCCAUCGCCAGUAAAAAUUAUCUGGAUUAUGAAAAAGCGCUCAUCGAGAUGCACUUUUCGCACAUUUUACUUACCAUGAAACUUGUCCAUCAAGCGCUGAAGGCUGUUAAAAAUGGACUAGAAAAUAUCCUCGCAAACGGAGGAAUAUACGAUAAGGCAAGAGUACUAUUUUUGUUCGUUAAAUGUAUUCUCGCUGUGGAGCAGGAACCAGUCAACAAGCUUGCGAAAAUUGGAAAGUGUUUGCCGAUGCUGGAUCAAGCUUUGAGCUACUUCCAGAAGCUGGAAUGUUACGUCAAAGUAAAGGACGUUUAUAUAUUUUUGGCCACUUUCUACCAUGAGCUGCAAAUGACGGAGGAACGGAAUAAAUACGCCUACAAGUACCGACAGAUCGAAGAGCAGUACCCAACAGCAAAGGAGUAUUUGCAUAUGUUUUUCUAAUUGUGAUAAACGAUAUAUGCUAAGA